CGCCGGCGCGGCGCCGCGUGAGAGCAGACCAGUCAGUACACGAAACAGCAGCGGCAAUGUCAGUGUCCAGAUUCCUCCGCCGCGCCGCGGUGGCCGCCGCCCUGGCCGGGGCCGCCGCCGUGGCUCUCUCGGAGGCGGAGAAGAGGGGGAUCUAUGUCCGGUUCUCCAGCUCGUUACCCCUCGCCGACGGCGACGGCCGCGGCCACCUGGGGCUCGUCCGCGCGCACCCGGGGCUGCGGGAGCUCAACGCGGCCCUGGACAGCAGCAGGGGCGCCUUGUUCCUCGACGCUGCGCACGUGCUCGCCGCCGGCGCGCUCCGGGAGUCGACCUUCACCGGCGCGCAGAUCCGUUACUGGUACGGUCCCCAAGGCUUCUGCAAGCUCAUAGCGGCGGCGGAGUCCACGGGCGACACCGACGCCGCCGUCCGCCACAGGCUCAACCUGGCCCUCGUGGACGCUAGGGAAGGCCGUCUCGACGAAGCGCUCGCGGCCGUCGUCCGGUUAGCCAGGGACAGCCCCGGCGAUUCCCGCCCGAGAUUUGCCGCCGCCGCGCUGUGCGUCCUGCACGGCCGGUCGGGGACCGCGUUCGAGUGGAUCAAGAGCGUCCCUCACAAGGCCAGCAGCCCCGAGAGCGCCCAGUUCUUCGAGACCAUCUUGUUGGCCAUGCCAGGGUCCUCGCCGCACAAACUGGAAGAAGACAUCAACUGGAUGUGGUUGGUGACGAACAUUGCGUACGUGCCCGCCGACGAGUGGCUCUCCAGGAAGAUGGAGGAAGCCGGGCGUUCCUCGCUGGAAAAGCUCGAGAUCGCCGUGCUCCGAGUACUACUGCGCCGCCUCGUCAAACCCAAGAAGAAGAGGAGGGCGACUGCGACAAGGUUAUCGCCGUCCAACCUCAACAAGGUACUAGUGGAAUGCUCCCAGCUGAUACUGGCACCGCUGCUGCGAGCGCGGCCCCUCGCCGGCGAGCGCGUCCGAGAGGUGCGCUCCGUCGCCGAGCGCGCCCUCGUCGACGCCGACGUCGAGGCGGCGGUCGACGUCAACCUCCUCCUCGCCUUCGUCGAGGCCCGAGACGGACGCUUCUGGGAGGCCAUGAGGCGGUACAAGGUGGCCGCGAAGAGAGACCCGUCCGACUGCCGGCCGUACGAGCUCGCCGUCAUGCUCUGCUCCCUCACCGGCCGCACCGUGACGCGGGACUCCUGGCUGCGCGCCAAGGAGAGGGCGGCGCCCGCCUGCACGGCGCGCGCCCGCGCCGAGCUGCCGGCCCUCUUCGACGAGCUCGCGGUCGCGGCCGCGCUCGGCGACGGCAACCUGACGGCGCGCGACCCGCAGCGCGGCCGCGUCCUGCCCCCCGCGUGGAGGCAGGUGGACGCCGCCCUCGCCGCGGCGCUGCGGCGCAGGGACCUGACCUGGGCGGAGCGCGCGCAGCUCCGCGGCCUGCACGGCAUCCUGCGCGCCAAGGUGCGGCCGCUGCUGCUCGACGCUGCCAGCCAUGAACCGCCGGACACCUCUUCUCCACACUGAUCCAAGCUUGUGCUGCUGAAAUAGUACAGAGUAGCAAUCUGACGCCUCUUUUCUGAUGAUCCAACAAUGCCAUUGGUGAUUGGUAUAUGCUGUCUGCGAUGAACAGCUUCACGCAAUCGUGAUCAGUUUGACAGAGUAGCAAGCUGGGACGCUGUGCUUCCAUUGCUCACAAGGUUCUUCAUUUGAUGAAUGUCCUGCUCAUUGCACUUUCUUUGAAGUGAUGGAUUCGAGAAGCGCAGUAUGGGAACUAUUUGACACUGUAGAUGAAGGAAUGAUGUUAAAAGUUCGAUCUUGGAUGGAUGCUGUGCUUCGCUACAAAAUUCUCUUGCACAAAUUCGGUUUGGCUACUAAAGCAACCAGCUCUGAAGAAUGUUGUAUUUUUAUUGGGAACGCGCUUGAUAGCCUUACAAAGCAAGUUAAAGGUCGAACGAGUGCAUGACAAACAAUAUGAGAGGAACAGCUUAGAGCUGUGCUCUUGAAGAAGAAAACAGCUCAGAAACGAAGCUGAAAACUAACGAACUUGGAUUUGACCGACAAUAGAAGGUAAAGAAGAACUACUAAUUACUAAUGUCAUA